AUGGUGCUCUGCCUCAUCCAUCCAUCAGCGCAGAGGCUUCUGUUGUGCGGGUCCGAGGCUUACGCGAUGGAGCAGCAUUUUCUGGGCCCUGUGAAGCAGGCCUGGGAUUCCGCGGAGGUGACGUCCGAGCCGGGGCCUCCUCCUGUGCUGAGUUUAGAAACCGGCGGGCCCUGGCCUCUCCCUUGCUACCCUGUUCUAGGAGAGUUCUCCUUUGACGAAUGCGACGUCGACUGGGAGCAGUUCUCCAGCCUUGUUGGCGGCGACGCUGGGUCCACCUGCAAAACGGAUUCCGCGGGAGUCCAGAGCGCCUGGGAACCGACCGAGACCGGCUCACCGCCUCCCUCCGGUCCGCGACGACGCAAGAAACUCGAGGCUCGGGCAGAUGGGGAGGAGCCCGCGGGAGAACCCGACGCACUCAGGCUGCAGCAGGUUUCUCUGCGCAGGACCCGCCCCCCUGGUGACCAACCUGGGGACACCGAGACCUCUGCCCGCCCACGUCUCUCCGAGUGCCCCGGACCCGUCUCCUCCAACUGGUGGAACCCUCGCCCGGUUUUCUCAGGGCUCCUGGCGUGGAUUCGUCCGGUGUUCUCCACGCCGUGGGGGUGCUGCCCGUCCUUCUCUGGCAGCGAGGCAACCUCAGAUCUGAGCGGGAGCCUCUCUGAUCCCACUGUGUGA